AGUGGGUGGUAUGACAUGACUGUAUACCUGAUCCCCAGCGUAGCAAAACACCACGAACAGGAAUAGGAAGAUGUGCGGCAGAGUGGAAGCUGAUACCAACCUCUGCCAACCUCACGGACGUGGCAAUAAUAAAAUAACAUUGCUUGUGAGUGGUCCCAAGCUUUUUGACUGCAUCUGGUUCGUGGUUAAGCUUCAAAACACCGGCGCCAGCGACGAACAGAUUCGGAGUCGUUUGAUCGGCUGGUCUGCAGGAUACAAUGCAUAAACAACGGGCAGCAAAUAAUCAUUCUCCAAUGUCCUCAUUUGACUUCAGGCAUCUCUGGCUGGAAGGAGUGCUGGAUAUGAAGAGGUUGGAGUGGCUGUUCAGGCAACCAGGGAAGCGAAUUUGAGGUGGUGAGGAGCCUUUCCGGAUCGACUCUCGUGCCGUAAUUUCAGCGUGAGCAUGUUUCACGGCAGAGUGGCACUGACACGUGAUGAUCUGGAAGGCUCACGAUCACGUGGUGUAUUCAUCCUCUUGUGCUGAUAUAAGCAAUCACGUGCCUAGCGCGGGCCAUACUCUCGCUGGCCACUUCCAGCGUAUAGUGCGCGAGUCUGGAAUCUUGAUACCGCUUACAAGGAAUCGCCGAAACGCAUCUUAUCGUGCAUUGGCAGGUCGGUGGUAGGGUAGACGUUGUCAAUCUCCUCCAGCUUGUUGUAUCAUAACCUUCGCCAUGAGCACAACGACUACAACGACGACGCAAAACCCUCCGAGCUCAACGGUCUACGUGAAGAACCUCGAGGAGCGCAUAAAGAUCGACCAACUUAAGGAAGCUCUGACUGAAAUCUUCUCCGAAUAUGGCAAUAUCAUCGACCUUGUCGCAAAGAAAAACCUCAAGGCGAAAGGACAAGCCUUUGUGGUGUUCGACUCGGCUGAAAGUGCGGCCAAGGCGAUCGAAGAAGUGAAUGGGUUCGAACUGUUCGACAAGCCGAUGCAAUUGGACUUUGCGCGCACGCGGUCGGAUGCCACGGUGCUCAAAGAGGAAGGCGAGCAGGGUCUGGAAAAGUGGAAGCGAUCACGCCUAGCAGAAAAGGAACGGAAACAAGCGCAGGAGGCGACACAGCAGAAACUCAAGAGGCCGGCGCAGGCCGCUGGCGCUCAAGAAGGUGCUGGCUUGGCCGGGCGGCCAGCAAAGACGGCCAAGGGUGCCGGUCUCAAACCUUCAGGCACGAAUGCCGCUGCAAUCAUCCCCGACGAAUAUCUUCCACCCAACAAGAUCUUGUUUAUCAGAGAUUUACCGGACAGCUACGAUGCCGAUGGUCUGUCGAGGAUAUUCAGCCGGUUUGAAGGAUUUAAAGAAGUCCGUAUGGUGCCUGGGCGCAAAGGAAUCGCAUUCGUCGAGUACGAGUCCGAGGCCGGUGCGAUUAGUGCCAAAGAAGCCACCGCUGGCAUGCAGCUUGGUGAUGAGGGCAAAGGGAUUAGGGUCACUUAUCAACGAGCAUGAUGUUUUCAACUUGUUCUUUUGGAAGAUGAUCAUGCCACGAACUUGAAGAGGAUGGAAAAAGUAAGGUUAUUUCAUUGGAGGGUAGUGGCUGAAUCACCAUACACUUGAUACCCAUGCAUGGUUAGGGGGUUUCCGGCGUUGCAAGGCUGCUGUGACAGUGUUAAAAUAUGACAUCCUCGUCCUCAUUUUCACCCAGGACGUCUUUCGACUCCACCUCCUUCUCAUUUUCAUUCUCGCUGAC